AGACACACACACACACACACCAACACACUCUGGUGGACCUCGCCAGCCUGCGAAGCUCAGAGACGAGGAGACAGGAACACUCACACGGCCCAACCCGGACAGAACAGCGCCGCACACAGCCGCUCCGACCGACACCACAGGUUGCUGUCCAGGAUGGCCGGAUUAAAGGAACAGCAGUUCACGGAGGAGAAGCCUCUUUUGCCCGAGCAGAGAGGAGCCGACUCGGACAUGCAGGAUAGAAGAGAGGAAGCCAAAGGGGGUGUGCACGCGCUCCCCUGCCCCAGCCCCCCGCCCCCCGCACCUCCCCCUCCCCACAGCCGCCCCACCCAACGCUGGCACGUCAUCGCACGGCACUGGCUUCGCCAGACCCGCCGUCGGACCGGUGGGGUCAUCCCGGAAAACUGUGAGCAGCUGAUGCCAGCAGGAGACUGGAAGGAACACGAUGUCGAGACCCCCUACGGCAUGCUGCACGUGGUGAUCCGGGGGGCACCCAAAGGAAACAAACCUGCCAUCCUCACCUACCACGACGUGGGACUUAACCACAAGCUGUGCUUCAACACCUUCUUCCAUAAUGAGGACAUGCAGGAAAUUACCAAACACUUUGUGGUCUGCCAUGUGGACGCCCCGGGACAGCAGAUUGGAGCCUCGCAGUUGCCACAGGGGUACCAGUACCCCACCAUGGACCAGCUGGCUGGUAUGCUGCCCAGCGUGGUGCAGCACUUCGGAUUCAAGAGCAUUGUUGGGAUCGGAGUGGGAGCUGGAGCUUACAUCCUGGCCAAGUUUGCUCUGAUCUUCCCUGACCUGGUGGAGGGAUUGGUUCUGCUCAACAUUGACCCAAACGGGAAAGGCUGGAUCGACUGGGCUGCCACUAAGCUGUCCGGUCUGACAAGUGCCCUGCCAGAUACGGUGCUGCCACAUCUUUUCAGCCAGGAGGAGCUGAUGAACAACACAGAGCUGGUGCAGAGCUACCGGCAACAGAUCAACAACACUGUCAACCAGUUCAACCUGCAGCUCUUCUGGAACAUGUACAACAGCCGGAGGGACCUGGAGAUGAACCGCAGUGGGACUGUCCUCAAUGCCAAGACCCUGAAGUGUCCUGUGAUGCUGGUGGUGGGAGACAAUGCCCCCGCUGAGGAGGGAGUGGUCGAGUGCAAUUCCAAACUGGACCCAACUCACACCACCUUCCUAAAGAUGGCGGACUCCGGUGGACUGCCCCAGAUCACACAGCCUGGGAAACUGACUGAGGCCUUCAAGUACUUCCUCCAGGGAAUGGGCUACAUGCCAUCUGCCAGUAUGACCCGCUUGGCCCGCUCCAGGACGGCCUCGUUGACCAGUGCCGGCUCCAUGGACGGGUCUCGCUCCCGGGCCUGCACCCACUCCGACAGCACCGAGGGGGUAGGACAGGUCUCCCACACCAUGGAGGUGUCCUGCUGAGGAGUCGGCCGGCCAUAGAGCGAGGCCGGGGUGGGUGGACGGAGGGAUGGUAGUUCGAAGAGGAGAGGGCGAAAGGGAUGAGAGGGAUGAGAAAGAGCUUGUCGGUACGACGAGAAACGUGACAUGGGGAGU